GCCAAACGCCCGUCCGAGAGUGCCUCCCUGCGCGAGUGCCGAGUGUGUGUGCGCCGGCGAACGCAGGGGCCCGCCCGGCUCCCCGCCCGCCCGCCCGCCCUCCGCGGCCCGAACUCAUGCGGCACCGAGCGAGCGGCGCGGAGCCCAGCGCCUCGGCCGAACCCCUCCGCAGCAGGCUGCCUGCUGUUUCCCGGGGAGAUCAUGAAACGAGGUCGCCUUCCCAGCAGCAGUGAGGAGUCUGACGACAACGGCAGCCUGUCGACGACGUGGUCACAGAAUUCCCGAUCCCAGCACAGGAGAAGUUCCUGCUCCAGACAUGAAGAUCGGAAGCCUUCGGAGGUGUUUAGGACGGACCUGAUUACUGCCAUGAAGUUGCAUGACUCCUACCAGCUGAACCCAGAUGAGUACUACGUGUUGGCAGAUCCCUGGAGACAGGAGUGGGAGAAGGGGGUCCAGGUGCCAGUGAGCCCGGGGACCAUCCCUCAGCCUGUGGCCAGGGUCGUGUCUGAAGAGAAAUCCCUCAUGUUCAUCAGGCCCAAGAAAUACAUCGUCUCCUCGGGCUCCGAGCCUCCAGAGCUGGGCUAUGUGGACAUCCGGACGCUGGCCGACAGCGUGUGUCGUUACGACCUCAACGACAUGGACACUGCGUGGCUGGAGCUGACCAACGAGGAGUUUAAGGAGAUGGGAAUGCCUGAGCUGGACGAGUACACCAUGGAGCGCGUCCUGGAGGAGUUCGAGCAGCGAUGCUAUGACAACAUGAACCACGCCAUCGAGACGGAAGAGGGCCUGGGCAUUGAGUAUGAUGAGGACGUCGUGUGCGACGUCUGCCAGUCGCCUGACGGUGAGGACGGCAAUGAGAUGGUGUUCUGUGACAAAUGCAACAUCUGCGUGCAUCAGGCUUGUUACGGAAUCCUCAAGGUCCCAGAGGGCAGCUGGCUGUGCCGGACGUGUGCCCUGGGGGUUCAGCCAAAGUGUUUGCUGUGUCCCAAGAAAGGCGGAGCCAUGAAGCCCACACGCAGUGGGACCAAGUGGGUCCAUGUCAGCUGUGCUCUGUGGAUCCCCGAGGUGAGCAUUGGCAGCCCGGAGAAGAUGGAGCCCAUCACAAAGGUGUCCCACAUUCCCAGCAGUCGCUGGGCGCUGGUGUGCAGCCUCUGCAACGAGAAGUUUGGGGCCUCUAUCCAGUGCUCUGUGAAGAACUGCCGCACAGCCUUCCACGUGACCUGUGCUUUCGACCGGGGCCUGGAGAUGAAGACCAUCUUGGCGGAGAAUGACGAAGUCAAGUUCAAGUCCUACUGCCCGAAGCACAGCUCCCACAGGAAACCUGAGGAGAGCCUCGGGGAGGGGGCUGCUCAGGAGAACGGGGCCCCUGAGGGCUCCCCCCGGGAUCCACUGGAGCCCUUUGCCAGCCUCGAGCAGAAUCAGGAGGAGGCGCACCGGGUGAGCGUCCGGAAGCAGAAGCUGCAGCAGCUGGAGGACGAGUUCUACACAUUCGUCAACCUGCUGGACGUGGCCAGGGCCCUGCGGCUGCCCGAGGAGGUGGUCGACUUCCUGUACCAGUACUGGAAGCUGAAGAGGAAGGUCAACUUCAACAAGCCCCUCAUCACUCCAAAGAAAGACGAAGAGGACAAUCUGGCGAAGCGGGAGCAGGAUGUCUUGUUUAGGAGGCUGCGGCUGUUCACACACCUGCGGCAGGACCUGGAGAGGGUUCGGAACCUCACUUACAUGGUGACCCGCAGGGAAAAGAUUAAGCGAUCUGUGUGCAAAAUCCAGGAACAGAUAUUCAAUCUUUACACUAAGCUCUUGGAGCAAGAAAGAGUUUCAGGUGUGCCUUCUUCUUCCUGCACCUCCUCCUCACUGGGAAGCAUGCUUCUGUUCAACAGUCCUUCCGUGGGUCCUGACGCCCCCAAGAUAGAGGACUUGAAGUGGCAUUCUGCGUUCUUCAGGAAGCAAAUGGGUACUUCCUUGGUUCAUUCGCUGAAAAAGCCCCAUAAGCGAGAUCCGUUGCAGAAUAGCACUGGGAGUGAAGGCAAAACCCUGCUGAAGCAACCAGAUCUCUGUGGGAGAAGGGAGGGGAUGGGGGUCCCCGAAAGCUUUUUGAGUUUUGAAAAGACCUUUGCAGAAGCACGUCUCAUGUCAGCCCAACAGAAAAAUGGUGUGAUGACGCCAGACCCCGGGAACAGGAGAGACCCUCGUUUUCAUUGUGAUCUCAGUAAGGGAGACGUGAAGGACCGAACUUUCAAACAGAGUCACAAGCCUCUCAGGUCCACAGACGUGUCCCAGAGGCAUGUGGACAACGGCCGAGCUGCCGCUUCGCCGGGCGCACGGAAGGAGACGGUGCCCAAGUGCAGCGGGCCCCUAAUCAAAGUGAACUAUAACCAGACUGCAAUCAAAGUGCCUACAACACCUGCCAGCCCCGUGAAAAACUGGGGAGGAUUCCGGAUUCCAAAGAAGGGGGACCGGCAGCAGCAGGGCGAGGUCCGGGGGGGUGCCUGCCACCAGCACUCAGACUACCCCUAUUUGGGCUUAGGCCGAGUUCCAGCCAAGGAGAGGGCAAAAAGCAAGUUAAAAUCUGACAACGAGAAUGACGGGUAUGUCCCCGAUGUAGAAAUGAGUGACUCAGAGAGUGAGGCGUCCGAAAAGAAAUGUAUACAUGCCAGCAGCACUAUCAACAGGAGGACAGACAUCAUCAGGAGAAGCAUUUUGGCCUCUUGAUGAAACGGAGAUGGUGUGGACGCUCGGCGGGCUUGUCCCCGAGGGGCAGACGGGAGCUCUGACACGGGGAGGGGGCAAGCAGAAACCAGCGCCCCCCGAGCCACACAGACGCGUUGACUCGCAAUUCAGAUGGAAUUGUUUUUUUCAGAGUCAUUUAUAAAUCGUGAGAAGUGUGUGUUAUUUGCAACUUGUUGAGGAAACACAAGAGUAGAUUGUAACCGUAAGACACUGCUAAGACUAGAAGCUGAAUUAAACACUAAAAUAAGAAUGAAUGGAGUUUUUUAAAGAGGGCGAGGCUAAAAUAAGCCUCAUGAGUUUUUAUUGCCCUCUGUAUUCUUCCCAAAGCACAAACUCUUGGUUACCUGAAUAUAUGGAUUCAGAUAUGGUUCUUGAGAAACCCUCAUGUACCAUUUAAUAGCCCAGAAACCUUAUUUUCUCGGACUGUGGUAGAACUUGAAAUCAUGCAGCUACUUUGGCCCACAGGCUGUUUUUGUUGCAUUACAGUGCUUAGGCAGCGGCUCUGAAGCUUCAGGAACUCUAGGGGACUCGUGUAAAUAGAGCAGGUGGGAAAGAGAGGAUUUUGGAAAAGGUCAUUAGAGAUCUGAAGGGCCAGGAGAGCUGCCGCAGCUUGGGGAUAUAGGGUGAAGCUGGAAGCCCAGAGUGCGUUGUGGAGCCUAGGACUGGCGGAGAGGGAAGCCAUGAGAAAGGUCUGUCUGUGAGAAGGGCAGUUGAGACCCCAUUUUUACCAGCCUUCCUGACCUCCCCUCCUCCCCAGCCGCUGCCUUUUGGGCCAGCUUGGGAUGUCCCUGGCCUUGGGCAAUACCUGGCCAUCUGGCUUCCAACAAUACAACAGUUAGUCAAGUUCAAGCGAUGAACUUCCACACUCUGGUGAAGCCUAUUUCCCAGAGCCAACCACUAGUGCAUGUAUCAGGGAACCCGGGCUUCCAACAUGGACGGAUUCCUUAAGGAAACGGAAAAAAAAAAAAAAAAAAAAGUUAUAUUUUAAAAACAAUAUAAAGGCAAUAAGUUGCGAUAACCUCUUACCAUUGACCAAGUUUAUACAGGAAAAAGAUUGAAGUGUAAUAGGUUUUCUCGAGUCGGAGUUCUAGGCUCUAAUUCGUAACUUGGACUUUCUAAUUGCAAAUGGCAAUAACUAGUAAGUUAUCAGCAAUAAUAAAUUUAGCAUUAAAUUUGAGUACAAUGUUCUGUUUUGCACUCACUGCAGUGCGUAUGUAUUAAGACAGUGGAUAGUGUUAAGGUCUGUUCAUUUUCUUUGGAAUUCAAUGUAGUUGUGACACUUAAGAAAAGUUUAAAUAGCAAUGAGAUUUAGAAUUAUGGGCACGUGGAACAAGCCCAACUCCCCCUAAAUUACCCGUUAGUUUGUGAGUAUCAGUAUUCAGCUUCCUGAUUCAUUUCUACAUCCGUGUCCAUGUGGCAGGGACAUUCUGAUACUUAAUGAAUGAUGCUUUGAGUUCUGUAGUUAACUUCCAAGUCUUCCAGAUGAUUGUCAACAACAGCAAAGGCUUAUUGAAUCCCAUCUUGCUAUGCAAGUUUUAUCAGAUGAUCAAAUAGUAGAUCUGAUCCAUCCCCAUUGUAUGUAUGACAUUUUCAAACCGAGUCUUAACUUUUUGAAUACAUUUUAGUAGCUAAUUCAGGGGAGGGGAAAGGAUGACCCAGGUUUUUAGAUUGACUAUUUUUGAGCUCUGGGGCUCAUUUUGAAAGACUGCUGUCCAGAUAAGCUGUUGCUCCACAUAUUAGAAGUUUCUUACGAAUCCAAGUUGUACAUUCACUCAUAGCCUAAUUUAAAAGUCAGACUGUUUGCAUAUGAGCAGAAACCUUCUGCUGAAUACAGAAGAAGGUGGACUCUAUCUACAGUUAUCUUUUGACUACAGCAACAGCUCUGGGUGAGAGUAGAAUAUAGAGAGAGAUAAUUUGUCAAGCCAUAGAAAGAAAAUCUAAAUUCUAGUAAGUAUAUGACCUCUCACCAUUUCAAGAGGUACCAGAUUCAUUUGCACUAUUAGGAAUGCUAGUUUUGUGCAAAAAUAAUGCCUUACCUGUUUUUCCCCCACAUUUAGGUUGAAAAGCUUUCAAACGUUCCAAGUUAUGCUGAACCAAAAAACAAAACAAAACAAAAAAAUAUAUAAAGAAACCCCACACAAAAACAAAACACACAAAAAUGAAAAGCCCACAC